AUCCUAAGUACCUAGGUACCUAGGUACUCCGUUCUCCGUACCUAGUGGAUGACUUACAGGGCAUUUCCCCUGCUUGCCAACGCCCAGCUUAUCACGCACUAUAUUCUCAUACACCCACCGCGCCCGCCUGCGAACUGCUCAGACUCGAAUUCGACCGGCAUAUGGAGUUGUACGCAUCAGGCUUCAACGCCUGGGGUCAGCUUCGUUUUCAAAACCCAGAGAGUUGUGCCGAACCAGACGACCUGCACGAAUUCACCUGUGUGCUCGCUGGCGAUGCCAUAGACAAACCUCGACCAUCACUGUCACACACCGCGGUGGUCGUCGAUGGUAAAGUGAGGACGGCAGGCUUUCUACCCACAGCCCACCGUUUAUUAUGUCGCGAGGACUUCCUCUCAAAACACACUCUUGCCGAGUCAUCAGCCGGAGCCGUCGUAGUUCUUGAUCCGACUGGCUCGAUCCGCCAAUACAAGUCACUCAACGGAUUCCUGAACCAGGGCCAGUGCCAGACAUGGCCGGAGCUGCCGCCGUGCCAGCAGCUCGUGGCCUAUGAGACCGGAUUCUCGGCUGUUACACGCACAGGUCAUGUCUACACGGUAGGCGAUGAGCGGUACUCUGCCUGUCUCGGCCGGGAGACGUCGCCGGCGAGCCCAGCGGACCAGCCAGGCCUCGUGACUGCUCUUGAGGACUUGCCAACGGGACCUAUCUCCAGGAUAGCUGCUGGCGGUUAUGUGCUUGCAGCGCUGACCACCGGGAAUGAUCUCUACAUCUGGGGUGGGCACCCCGGCAGGAAGACGGUCCCAGCAGAUAUAAGCGACGAGCCAACGCCAGUUGACAUCCAGGAUAAUGACAUUGCUGAUGUUGCCGUUGGCGAGUCACAUAUCAUUGCGCUGACGACGAACGGUGAUGUCUUUGUCAUUGGCGAGAAUGGCAAUGGACAACUCGGCCUCCCUAGCAAAUCAGAAGAAUCAUGGCGCCGAGUCCCCCUUGAUUUGAAGGACGGUCGAAAAGUCGUCGGAGUGCAAGCCGGAGCAAGAAACUCGUUUCUCUUAGUUCACAAGGGAUCAACAUAA